AUGGCAGUGUGCAAACUAAUUUUUUCCCCACUUGUCUUCAUCUUUAUGUUCGUAACAACAGUAACAUGUACAUUAGCACCCAAUGCUAGGUACAACAUUCAAAGCUAUGGAGCAAAACCCGAUGGCAAGACUGACUCCACCAAGGCUUUUCUGGCGGCAUGGGCGGCGGCGUGUGCCUCCACUGCUCCGGCCACCAUUUACAUGCCGGCAGGAAGGUUCUUGGUUGGGAGUGUGAGUUUCGGGAGGCAGACAUGCAAGAGCAAUGUCAUUUCGAUUCAAAUGGAUGGCACACUUGUGGCUCCAUCGGACUACAAUGUGAUUGGAAAGGAUGAUAAUUGGAUCAAAUUCGAAAGGGUGACCGGAGUUUCCAUUGUCGGCGGAACCCUAGACGCUCAGGGCGCUCCUCUUUGGUCCUGCAAAAAUUUCGGCAAGAGUUGUCCGGACACAUUGGCGUUUUACAACUCAAACAACAUUGUUGUCAACGGACUAAGUUCAAAAAAUAGUCAGAAAUUUCACAUUCGCAUUGACAGCUGCCAUAACGCCAAGUUGCAAAGAGUGAAGAUCUCAGCUCCCGGAAAUAGCCCCAACACCGACGGAAUCCACGUGCAAUCGUCGUCAGGUGUAACAAUCUUGAAUUCCCACAUCGGCACCGGCGACGACUGUAUCUCCAUGGGCCUCGGCAACUCCAACUUGUGGAUUGAAAACAUCGCGUGCGGCCCGGUCACGGAAUCAGGUCGGUCAAAUUACAAACAUCCUUAA